GCGACAUUAUCUCUGGAUUUUCUUCCGGUUUUCCCAACCGGCUCGCUUUUUGCUCUAAUCCAUUACGCGCUUCGUUAUAACUGGCACCUCCUUCUCGAUUAUGCAAAUCUUCGUGUUUUCGCCUUUGAUCUGACAUCGAAUCAGACUUCAAUCCCAUUAGCAAUCUUUCCGGGGGCAGACUUUCAUCCAGAUCUAGGGACUCUCGCUCUGUUCUUGCAAUUGGACGUUAUUUAUGAGAGUAAUAUUGAUUCCGCGGCUCUAGGUUUCAGAUCUCGCAUUUUGGAGGUGUUUAUGUUAUUGUGGGAAUUGCAUUUAAGGUGACUUGGGAAAAUGCAUGUCAAAUCUGCAAAAUCGUUCCGGGAUCGGACACAGGAGUUCCAGAGUAUAGCUGAGCAGCUUAAGAAGUCUUUUUCAUCAGGAUCAGUGCCAGAUGGGCCGAGUAGUAGCUCAAAGUCAGAGGAACAACGUUCUGCGGUUGCGAUUCAGUCUGAGUUUAACAGGAGGGCUUCCAAGAUCGGGUAUGGGAUACACCAGACAUCGCAGAAGCUGGCAAAGCUGGCUAAGUUGGCAAAGAGGACUUCAGUUUUUGAUGACCCCACCAAGGAAAUCCAGGAACUGACGGUGCUUAUCAAGCAAGAUAUUACUGCACUAAACUCUGCAGUGGUAGACCUUCAGCUUCACUGCAACUCCAGAAACGGGAGUGGGAAUACCUAUAGUGAUACCAAUAGUCACUCAGCCACAGUUGUAGAUGACCUGAAAAAUCAGCUGAUGAGCACCACGAAAGAGUUCAAAGAUGUUCUCACCUUGAGAACAGAGAACUUGAAGGUUCACGAGAACAGAAGACAGUUGUUUUCUUCUACGGCUUCUAAGGACUCUAUAAAUCCUUUUGUGCGUCAGCGUCCACUGGCUGCCCGGUCAGCUGCUAGUACCUCAAAUGCCCCUCCUCUGCCUUGGGCCAAUGGGACACCAUCCUCCUCCCAAUCGCUUCCUAGGAAGCAGAUGGAUGGAGAGAGUCAGCCAUUGCUACAGCAACAACAGCAGCUUGUUCCAUUGCAAGACACUUACAUGCAGAGCAGAGCUGAAGCUCUUCAAAAUGUAGAGUCCACGAUUCAUGAGCUCAGCAGCAUCUUCAACCAGCUGGCAACCCUGGUUUCUCAGCAAGGAGAGAUUGCCAUCAGGAUUGAUGAGAACAUGGAUGACACGUUGGCAAAUGUGGAGGGGGCACAAGGGGCCCUGCUCAAGUAUUUGAACAGCAUAUCAUCUAAUAGGUGGCUGAUGAUCAAGAUAUUCUUUGUACUGAUCUUUUUCCUCAUGGUUUUUCUAUUUUUUGUGGCAUAGUCACUGCAGAGACAAAAAUUAAAAAGAAUCGAGGAAAUGUUGUGUCUUUUCACUGUGAUUAGCCAUUUAAUAUUCUUUUUCA